ACUCCACAAAUAUCGUAUAUAGUUCCAAAUGAUUUGCAUGAUGCAGUCUCAAAUUAGUUCAGAUGACAUCCUAUCCGAGUACGAAGACAUCUUGAUGAAGAAGAUUAUUCAAAAACAUGCGCCAGAAGAUCAUCAAGUUGAUUCGGCUCCAUUGCUUGAUCUGACUGAGGACAUAUUUCACAACAUCAAAAUGUCAAGUGUAUUAACUACUGGAAUCAAGUCAUGCAAAGAAGCAGUCCAAGAGGACAGCAGAAGCAAGCAGAAUGCCAAAAUUCUCAGCACUGUAAAAGAACUAGGAAUGACAGUCCAUCACAUGUCAUGUGAAAUGCUGCAGCAUAGUGCUGCAGAUCAACCUUCCGAUGCAACCACAAAUGCUGUGUUGGAGUUGCUGGAAAAACAUCGCUGGAGUACAAAGCUUGCCAUAGUUCUUGCAGCAUUAGCAUCAAGCUAUGGAAAGUAUUGGCUCAUUGCACAGUUAUGUCUCACCAAUCCUCUUGCCUUUUCACUGGCAGCAAUCAAGGGAAUGAGUGACAGUACAAAAUUUACUAUAAUGUUGAACCACCGCUCCAAGGCUUUAAGAUAUCUUCUUGAGAAGAUGGUCAGUGUGACAAAAUGCGUGAUGGAGUUUGAAAUACUUCCGCUGCAGUACGUAACCUUAGAUUAUGAUGCUAUGGCUAUGAUGAAGACCCAAAUCCAUAUAGCUUCCUAUUGGGUAAUCAGAAGUUCAGUGGCAUGUGCUUCCCAGAUCACUAGCAUGAUAGCUUCGAGAUUUGAGAGAGCAAAGGCUAUGCCUGCAGCAUGGGAACUUUGGAGUUUAGUUCAAAAGAUCACCUACAUAUAUGCUGGUUUAAGUACGAAGUUUGAUGCCUUCAAUCAACAAAUUGAGUCAAAAGUGUAUUUGAGGCUCUUGAACUUGUUUGAGGAGGUCCAUGUUGACAACCAUGAUGUUCUCUACACACUGUUUGCGCUAAAGGAUGAUUUUCCACUCAGAGAUUCUUUCUCACAGAAAAAGGUUGGUGUGGAUGUGUUGAAAAAUAAGGUUGUUAUAAUCUUCAUCUCAAGGAUGGACGAGUACCCAGAAAAGCUUCUUCUUAUUAUACAACAGUCACGAAACAAAUCACUAACCACGUCAGAGGAACCCUAUGAGAUUGUUUGGCUUCCAAUUAACUUCUCAGCAGAAGUUGGAGAGAGAACACACAAUCAAAUAGCAGACAUGAUACCAUGGUAUUCAAUAAGUGAACCUUCGAAAGUAAGCCCAUCAGUUAUGAAAUUUAUACAACAAGUAUGGCACUUCAAAGGAGACCCAAUGAUGGUGGUCUUAGAUUCUUAUGGAAAGGUACUAUCACUAGAUGCAUUUGAUAUGAUAGCAAUUUGGGGACCGAAAGCUUAUCCCUUUACAAUUUCACGAGAAAGGGAGCUUUGGGAAGAACAAAGUUGGACAAUGAACCUUCUACUAGAUGAUAUUGAUCCCCUUUUAUCCUACUGGAUGGAAGAUGGAAAAAUCAUUUGCCUUUUUGGAAGUAAUGAUUUAGGAUGGGUUCGAGAAUUAACCAAAAGAAUGAAGGACAUCAGUGAAGCUGGAAUUCGAGUAGAGCUUAUCUAUGUUGGAAGCAAAAAUUUUGAGCAAACAAGAAAUAUAUUAACAAGAGUCAUGGACGAAGAACUAAGUAACUACUUGUCACAUAUAAAUAUUAAUAUCUUUUGGUUACGUUUGGACAGCAUGCAGAGUUCAAGGCUGCGACUUGGUUAUGCAAUUGAAUCUGAUUCUAUUACAAGAGAGAUCAAUUCCUUGUUGACCUAUGAUUCAGUAAGUACAGGUUGGCUACUUGUAAGUGAAGGGACAUCAACUGAGAUUUUUAAGCUUGUAGGGAAUGAAGUGUUAGAAUAUUUAUCACAUUUUCAAUUAUGGGGUGAAAGAGUUAGAAAGCAGGGAUUCUUGAAUGCCUUGAGAAAAUCUCUUGAUCCUUCUUCGACCACAGAACCCUGUGAUUACUCUAUCAUAACUCCAUUUUCAGAGAGUUCAGAUGGAGUUGCAGUUUGCAAGAAAUGUAAGUCUCUCAUGGAGCGGCACGUCAUGUAUCAAUGUGGGGCAUGUUGAAGUUGUUUCAUAACUGCUCAAAAUUUUGACCAAUAAAGAGUGCAUGGUAUUACAGUCUUACAAUUAUCUUACAUACUAUUUUUUUUCGGUUA